CAAAAGUGUUGGCGCUUCAAGCAUGGACCCGCCACACCACCAAGAUUACAGUCGCCGUGGCGGCGGUACCGGUAGCGGCAACUAUUCCGGACGUGGAGCUGGGAGAUUCCAUGAAGAGCGACAUCAGUCAUAUAGAGGAGGAAGAGGUGGAGGUGGCGGACGAGGGGAGUACUCUUCUCGUGGAGGCGGCCGCGCCGGUGGACGAAACGGCGGCGGUCGGGCACCGCAGUAUCAACGUGGAAAUGGCGGCGAUUCCGCAGGUCGUGGAGGUCGAGGAGGAGGGAGCGGACGUCAGGGCAUCGAUACGCCCAUCGCGCUCACGGAGGAGUUUGUCCUGUACGUGUCGUCGCAGCUCAAGGCACUCCAGGACGACCCGUCUGUAUCUCAGCUGACGUUUCCCAGCACGCUGGACAACUCGCAGCGCCGGUACGUGCACAAUGUCGCAGCCAAGCAAGGGUUUCAUUCCAAGAGCACGGGCAAGAAUGAUGCGCGAUUCAUCUUCGUUACCCGCGCCAAGACCACGUCCUCCAUGACGGCGGUGUCCUUGCGAGUCCCACCGACGCCGCUCGCGCUAUCCGCGCCAACCUUGCACGCCAUGCAGGCGUUCCUGGAAGCGUACCCAGCAGCUCCCCCCUCCUCGGCCAGCAUCAAGGCCCCCCCUUCCCUCCCAUCCUCCUCCUCGUUCUCGUCCUUCCCCAAGCUCUUCCCGCAUGUGCCGUCAACUCCACACGAGUACAGCGAUGGCCAGAUGGGGCUGCCAGUGUUUGCCCAUCGGGGGGAGAUUUUGGAGCUGAGCCGACGCCACCAGGUGCUCGUCGUAGCUGGAGACACUGGCUGCGGCAAAUCCACGCAAAUCCCUCAAUUUCUAUUGGACGACGGCGCGGCCAGGGUCGUGGUGACGCAGCCGCGUCGACUUUCGGCCAUGACGCUGGCGCAGCGCAUUGCCGACGAGCGCCGCGUGGCGCUGGGGACGGACGUCGGCUACAGCAUCCGACUGGACGCCCAGUACAGUGCCCGGCACACGCGCCUGCUCUUGUGCACCACAGGCAUUUUGCUCAAAUGGCUGAGCUCCGACCCCACGGCCACUGCAUUCACCCACAUUGUGCUGGACGAAGUGCACGAGCGGGACAAACACUCUGACUUUGUGCUCAUUCUGCUGCGCCUCAUCCUCCCCCAUCGGCCGCGUCUGCGCGUGAUUCUCAUGAGCGCCACCAUCCAAUUGGACAAAUUUUCGUCUUAUUUCGGCGGGUGUCCUGUCGUGACCGUCCACGGCCGUAUGCAUCCCGUGCUUCCGUGCUUUCUGGACGACAUUUUGGUGCUGAUCAACGUCGACGCAACGACACACCAACCAACGCCGCCUGCUGUCGAGUACAACUUGACAUGUGUCAUGUGCUCUGCCUCUGGGUUUGCCGACGAAGCCGCGCUGGGGACCCACGUGGCCACGUGUUUUGGGUCGGAAUGGCACGCCCCAAGUCACCCCUCACUCGAUUUGCCCGAUCCGGAUACCGGGCUAGUCUGCGACACGGUGACGCCUGGGUCAUCUGUCUGCGACACGGUGGCGGCUGUUUUGGCGGCAAAACAAGCAGCGACAACGCGGUUCCAAGUGGAUGCGAUGGUGGCGCAGUACCAGCUGACGCAGGACGCCCUGGAUGGCGGCGUGGAUUCGGCGCUGGUGGUGACGCUGCUGCGUCAUGUGGUCACGAGCCAAUACGGUCCCGGCGCGGUGCUCGUGUUUGUGGCUGGGUGGGACGAUAUGGAGGCGAUUUCAGAGCUCAUGGCCGCCGAUGCGGGUCUGAUGGGGCAGAUUACCCUCACCAAGCUGCACUCGAAACUGUCGGCACCAGAACAACGUCGAGCGUUUGGUCGCCCUCAACAAGGCACACGCAAGGUGAUAUUAGCCACCAAUAUUGCCGAAACCAGCAUCACGAUCGAGGACGUCGUGUAUGUGAUCGACACGGGCAAGUCCAAGCAGUCUUCGCUCGUCAACGGGUACACUGCGCUGCACACAGAGUGGGUAAGCCAAGCCAAUUGCGCGCAGCGAAAGGGCCGCGCCGGUCGGGUGGCUCCAGGCGUGUGCUUUCACGUCAUGUCCAAAACUAGGCACGACACGUUGCCGCCGUUUAUGACGCCCGAACUACUCGCCAUCUCGUUGGACGAGAUUGUAUUGACGAUCCAGUUGCUCCAGUACCAAGCCCACCACGCCCUCGGCUUUGACUCGAUCCAAAUGUUCCUUGAAAUGGCGCUGGACCCGCCGCCUCGGCAUGCAAUUGACUCGGCUAUUGCGUCACUUCAGCUUAUGGGCGCCCUGGAUGAUACUCACGAAUUGACGUAUUUGGGCUGGAAAUUGGCACAACUGGGGGUACCUCCUGCGAUCGGCAAGAUGAUUCUCCUUGGACACUUUUGCCAUGUAUACGACCAGCUGCUCUACACGUGUUGCGCGCUAACGUUUCGCGAUCCGUUUGUAUCCGACAUGGGAAUGACCCCAGCUCAAAAGCAAGAGCGCAAACAAGUCAAGCGAACGCUGGGGCAAACUGUCUCGAGCGACCACCUGGUCGUCCACGCCGCCUUGCAAGGGUACAUUGAACACUCCAAAGCUGCUGCGCGGUUCUGCCAGCAGAAUUGGCUCGUGGCCAGCACCCUGAGCCACAUCCACGGCGUGGUCAAGCAAGUUGGCCAAGAGUUCGCGGCCCUCGGCUACGGCCCGCCAGCGACGUUAUGUGUAACUCCACAGCUGGCUCCUAUGGCCGAAGCGGUUCUGGCUGCGGGUCUGUACCCGAACCUCAUGUACAGAAGCAAAGGCACGGUGAAUUUCACCACGAAAGAAAAAUUCAAAGUCAAAUUGAGCUCGUCCACCGUGCUCGUGUACUCCCCCAAGAAAUCCAACGACCAAUAUGGUCUGGACUGGGUUUGUUUCCAUGACAUGAUGCAGUCCGACCGCGUGCGCGUGGCCCAAGUCGCGACCAAAGUGUCAGCGUUUGCCAUGGCUCUACUCGUGGGCCACCACGCCAUCGUAGACGACUCGACUCACACUAUUUCUGACUCGACUCACACUAUUUCACCUGAGCCCGCCACCAACCAGGUCCUCGUGGUAAUUGACGACUGGAUCGUCCUAUCGAUGGAUGGACAAGAGGCUGAGAUGGUGCUGGCACUUCGCCAGAGGUUUCACGAGGCUUUUCUGAGGCAUUUGCACCACGACCAAUCGGCAGCCGACCACGACUUGCACCUUGUGACGGCUGCCAUGCACUGGAUUGGAGGCGAAUCGGCCACGGAUUCCUAAUACAAAAUGCGGCUAGCCAAGUUAGAACAACGUAUACUAACUACUAGUAGUACAUACUAGUAGUAAUGAAUGUCUACCCAUUUGACACAUCGA